GUUGGUUACUCAAAAGAAUUUGGAGAAUCACAUUAACCAUCGACCUUUUGUUUCCUAUAACCAUCAUAAUUCCACCAUGUAUGGAUAUCCUUUUUUUUUUAUUCAUUGACCGAAGCCAGCCCUUCUUCUUCCUCCUUCUCUCUUUUUCUCCUCUCUUGGUUUAACGUGCGUUCCAUUCCUUUGCCACCUUCUUUACUUUUUUUUCUACAAACAAAUUCUCUUCUCUUCUCUUCCCUACCCUUUCCUUCGUCCCUCUACCUCUAACGUGCAGUCCAUUCCUUUUCCACCAUCUUCUCCUCUCUGUCUUCCUCUUAACGUGCAGUCCAUUCCUUUUCCACCAUCUCUUCCUCUUCCGCUUUCUGGAUUGAUCGAUUUGUUGCUUCUUUUUGGGGUUCUUUCUAACAUGCAGGCGGACGUGUCGCCUUUCAAGUUUCAUUACCUCGGUAGAGCUAUACGAUUAAGGGUGGAUGAUCCAUAGAUGCGUAAAGCUGCCGGUGCCAACACGUGAAGGGGAAGCAGGAAGGGGAGGAGGGGAGGGGCUGGCUGGGAUGGUCGAUUGGACAUUGGCCUGAACUUUCAGGCAGAAACCUCGUGGUGCAGCGACUGGGUUCGAGGGAGUUGAGAAAUGGCGUCCCUGUCGCAGAACCCGUCCAAGAAGGCCCUUCGGAGUCCCGGUGGCUCCAGCACGCAGGGAUCCCGCAAUACCACCGGCCAGACGGUGAAAUUCGCCCGACGGACGUCCAGCGGCCGGUACAUCAGCCUGUCGAGGGAGGACCUCGACUUGUCUGGGGAGAUCGGGGGAGACUACAUGAACUACACGGUGCACAUACCCCCGACGCCGGACAACCAGCCGAUGGCCGAUGAGUCGGUGGCGGCCAAGGCGGAGGAGCAGUACGUCUCCAACUCGCUCUUCACGGGCGGGUUCAACAGCGUGACGCGAGCGCACCUCAUGGACAAGGUGAUCGAGUCGGAGGUGAGCCACCCGCAGAUGGCGGGGGCGAAGGGGUCCGCCUGCCAGAUGCCAGCCUGCGACGGCAAGGCCAUGCGGAACGAGCGCGGCGAGGACAUCGACCCCUGCGAUUGCAAGUUCAAGAUAUGCAGGGACUGUUACAUGGAUGCCCAGAAGGAUAGCGGCGUCUGCCCCGGCUGCAAGGAGUCCUACAAGCUCAACGAAUUCGACGACGACAUGCCCGACUUCAUGACCGGUGGCCAAGGCGUGCUGCCACUGCCGGCGCCGGCCUCGUCCGGCUCCUCCUCCGCCGACGCCGGUGGACCAGGUGGCGGGCAGAAGAUGGACCGCAGAAUGUCGGUAAUGAAGUCUAACAAAUCAAUGCUGAUGAGAACGCAGACGGGGGAGUUCGACCACAACCGUUGGCUAUUCGAGACCAAGGGCACGUAUGGCUACGGUAACGCGUUCUGGCCGAAGGAGGAGGAGAUGUAUGGUGGCGUAGAGGGAGGUCUCGGCGGCCCGAUGUCAGACAUGGCGGACAAGCCAUGGAAGCCCCUCACCCGGGUCAUCCCCAUUCCUGCAGGCAUCAUCAGCCCCUACAGGUUGUUGAUAGUCGUGCGAUUGGUGGUGUUGGCCUUCUUCUUGACGUGGAGAGUGAAGCACAAGAAUGAAGAUGCUAUCUGGCUAUGGGGGAUGUCCGUCGUUUGCGAGAUCUGGUUCGCCUUCUCGUGGAUACUUGACCAGAUGCCCAAGCUCUGUCCUAUAAACAGAGCCACAGACUUGCAGGUGCUGAAGGACAAGUUCGAGAUGCCGUCGCCGUCGAACCCGACGGGCCGCUCCGACCUGCCAGGUAUCGACUUCUUCGUCUCGACGGCCGACCCGGAGAAGGAGCCCCCGCUGGUCACUGCCAACACCAUCCUCUCCAUCUUGGCUGUCGACUACCCCGUCGAAAAGUUAGCCUGCUAUGUCUCAGACGAUGGUGGCGCCCUCCUCUCCUUCGAGGCCAUGGCGGAGGCAGCCAGUUUUGCCGACAUCUGGGUGCCGUUCUGCCGGAAGCACGACAUCGAGCCGCGCAACCCGGAUAGCUACUUCAACAUCAAGGGUGACCCAACGAAGAACAAACGGCGGUCGGACUUCGUGAAGGACCGGCGGAGGGUGAAACGCGAGUACGACGAGUUCAAGGUGAGGAUCAACGGGCUCCCGGAUUCCAUCCGCCGGAGGUCCGACGCUUUUAAUGCCAGGGAAGAAAUGAAGAUGCUAAAACACAUGCGCGAAAGCGGCGCCGAUCCGUCGGAGCCCCUCAGGGUGAAGAAGGCCACCUGGAUGGCCGACGGCACUCACUGGCCGGGCACCUGGGCAGUUCCUUCCAACGAUCACAAAAAAGGCGACCACUCCGGCAUUCUUCAGGUGAUGCUGAAGCCGCCGAGCAGCGACCCACUUAUGGGCUGCGCCGACGACGAUAAGCUCAUCGACUUCACGGACGUCGACAUCCGCCUGCCGAUGCUGGUCUACAUGUCGCGAGAGAAGCGCCCCGGGUACGACCACAACAAGAAGGCGGGAGCCAUGAACGCGCUGGUGCGAGCUUCGGCAGUCAUGUCCAACGGGCCAUUUAUCCUUAACCUAGACUGCGACCACUACAUCUACAAUUCCCAGGCCAUUCGUGAGGGAAUGUGCUUCAUGAUGGACCGCGGAGGAGAGGACAUAUGCUACAUCCAGUUUCCGCAGAGGUUCGAGGGCAUCGACCCCUCCGAUCGGUAUGCCAACCAUAACACCGUCUUCUUCGACGGCAACAUGCGUGCCCUCGACGGCCUUCAGGGCCCCGUCUAUGUUGGCACCGGCUGCCUCUUUCGCCGCAUCGCCCUCUAUGGCUUCGACCCUCCGUCGAAGCGCAAGUCCUCCCGCAAGAACAAGCCGCCACCGGAGUCCGACACUCAGGCCCUCCGAGACGACAUGGUCGAGUACGACGACGAGAUCGGUAUGGAGAUCCACCCCAAACGGUUCGGCAACUCCACCGUCUUGGCGGAGUCGAUCCUGGUGGCGGAGUUCCAGGGACGCCCGCUAGCAGACCACCCAGCUAUUCAGAACGGCCGGCCGCCGGGGGCGCUUCUGGCACCGCGCGAACCGCUGGAUGCGUCGACGGUGGCCGAGGCCGUGAGCGUCAUCUCGUGCUGGUACGAGGACAAGACGGAGUGGGGAGACCGGGUGGGGUGGAUCUACGGGUCGGUGACAGAAGACGUGGUGACGGGUUAUCGAAUGCACAACCGCGGGUGGCGGUCGGUCUACUGCAUCACGAAGCGCGACGCCUUCCGUGGGUCGGCGCCGAUCAACCUGACGGACAGGCUGCACCAAGUGCUGCGAUGGGCGACCGGCUCCGUCGAGAUCUUCUUCUCCCGCAACAACGCCUUCCUGGCCAGCUCCCGCCUCAACAUCCUCCAGCGCAUCGCGUACCUCAACGUUGGCAUCUACCCCUUCACCUCCCUCUUCCUGCUCGUCUACUGCUUCCUGCCGGCGCUCUCUCUCUUCUCCGGCCACUUCAUUGUGCAGACGCUCGACGUGACCUUCCUGGUCUACCUCCUGACCAUCACCACCACCCUCAUCGUGCUGGCCCUCCUGGAGGUUAAGUGGUCGGGCAUCGGGCUCGAAGAAUGGUGGAGGAACGAGCAGUUUUGGCUGAUUGGAGGCACAAGCGCUCACUUCUACGCCGUGGUGCAGGGGUUGCUGAAAGUCAUCGCCGGAAUCGAGAUCUCCUUCACCCUCACCUCCAAGUCCGCCGGAGAGGAUAACGAAGACAUCUACGCCGACCUCUACAUCGUGAAGUGGUCGUCCCUCAUGAUCCCGCCCAUCACCAUUAUGAUGGUGAACCUGAUCGCCAUUGCCGUCGCCUUCUCGCGGACGAUCUACAGUGAGGUGCCGCAGUGGAGCAAGCUGUUGGGUGGUGUGUUCUUCAGCUUCUGGGUGCUUGCGCAUCUGUAUCCGUUCGCGAAAGGGUUGAUGGGGAGGAGAGGAAGGACACCCACCAUCGUGUUUGUAUGGUCUGGUUUGAUCGCCAUCACCAUCUCAUUGCUGUACAUUGCCAUUAAUCCUCCCAAAAGCACGACGUCGGUUGGUACCAGUGGUUUUCAGUUUCCCUAGAUGAAUUGCAUCACGGUGGGUCAUGAUAUCGUUUGAAUCAAUCAAGAACGCAAGGGAAACUUAAUCUUCAUGCAUGGAUCGUGAGAGAGCGCGUGCUCGCGCUUGAGAGAGAGAGAGAGAGAGAGAGAGAGAGAGAGAGAGAGAUUGUUGUUGUGAUUUGCCUUUAGAGUGAUGGCUUGGCUUCUUUCUUUUUUAUCUUCUUCCUUAUUUGUGUUUGUGGGGUUAGGCCUGAAAAUUCAAACUCGUGGGGGGUUCUCUGACGUCCAUUGACAGUGCCCUGGUCAGAAGAGUUGCAGAUCCUGGAAGAAAAUUUGAGUUGAAGGAAAGAGAAGGGUAGAUCGUUUUCUUGCCUGCCUUCGCUUCGCUGAACACUUUCAAUCUUUAUGCAGCUGACUCGAGCGACACUGUCAAUUUCUCCCUUUUUUGCAGGAUAAUUUACCCGUCCUUUUUCUCCCUUUUCUUACUAAUUAGAAUAUUACUCUUCUUUUCUUUUCUUUUUUUUUUCUCAUUGAAAUGUGAAUGUUUAUGAUACAAUUUUACAAAUAAUAUUCAAUAGAGCUA